AUGGGCUUCGGGAACCUGAGGAAUUGGGAUGUUCGAACAAAGGCAAUCUUCAGUGAUGGCGUCCCUGAAACGAGCAAUUCUCCACAUGUGGUGUGCUUUGGUGAAUUGCUAAUUGACUUCGUCCCAACUGUCAAUGGCUUGUCACUGGCAGAAGCACCAGCCUUCAAGAAGGCUCCUGGGGGUGCUCCUGCCAAUGUUGCAGUUGGAAUAGCUCGUCUUGGUGGCUCUUCAGCUUUCAUUGGAAAGGUUGGUGAUGAUGAAUUUGGCUACAUGCUAGCUGAUAUAUUGAAGCAGAAUAAUGUAAAUAAUCAAGGAUUACUAUUUGAUCCUCAUGCUAGAACAGCUUUGGCAUUUGUGACACUCCGAAGUGAUGGUGAACGUGAAUUUAUGUUCUAUCGUAAUCUAAGUGCUGAUAUGCUACUUGAAGAAAAAGAACUUGACCUUGAUCUUAUAUGGAAGGCAAAAAUAUUCCACCAUGGCUCGAUAAGUCUUAUAACUGAGCCCUGUAAAACUGCACAUAUUGCAGCUGCCAAAGCUGCUAAAGAUGCUGGAGUACUUGUUUCAUACGAUCCAAAUUUGAGGCUUCCAUUGUGGUCAUCAGCUGAGGAUGCUAGAGAUGGUAUCCUAAGCAUAUGGGAAACCGCUGAUGUUAUCAAGGUCCAGAUGGCUGUAGGUAUUACUAAGGACUUUAGUGGUAGAGUUGGUGGACUUAAGGUAAGUGCUGUUGACACAACUGGUGCUGGCGAUGCCUUUGUUGCUGGAGUGCUAUCUCAAUUAGCCACAGACUUUUCACUGCUCCAGGACGAAGGUCGAUUACGAGAAGCCCUGAAGUUUGCAAACGUCUGUGGAGCACUCACUGUGACAGAGAGGGGCGCUAUUCCAGCGCUGCCCACCCGACAACAAGUGCUCGAUGCGUUGACCAAUGUUGUCGCUUGA